AUGAACAGCGAGAAGAGAGACAAGCUACUCGAAGUCCCGCCCGAGCCCGAGCAGCGACGAGCGUCGUCCGCAGACCGAAAACCGACUCCUUUCCCGCGACGCGACUUCUCUCCGCCCCCUAUCUCCGCCCCUUCCAUGUCUGCGCCAGACGUCUUGACUCCCCAGGACAGCGAAACACAGCAGAAACCACUGCCCGAAACCACGAUAGGCGGCGCGUCGGAUCAGAAUCUCCCCGCGGGCGCACGGCAGAUUGACUAUGGCGAGAGCCUAGACCAUCUGUCUGCAGGCGAGCCACCCCAGCUGGAUGUGGUGGAUGAGUUCUCAGAGCGAGGCUCGCAACGAUCCGUGUCAGACGUGGACGACAUACGGUUGCAGGAAGAGUUGGAAGCACGGUGGAUAUUGAACCUCAGCAUGCACUUCCGCGACUUGUCCGAUCGCGAGAAGUUCUUCCUCACAUACGCCGAAGAGCCCAACAAGUGGAGGAGAGUGACCGUGUCGUGCGAUUACCGCCAGCUCGAACCCGAUUCCCUCGAAGCGGAUCUCAAGACACUGCAUUACCAACGCGACAAGAGCGCCAGGAUAUACGAAGCGAUACGUGGAUCACUCGGCGGCAUACAGUUCUACGACACUGUGACAAACCUCAAGCUCGAAACCACCGAUGGCCGCCUCCACGUCCACGUCACUGAAGACGUCAACGAAAUCAUCCCGUAUCCCUCGACCUCGUCCAUCGAGCAUCUCGACUGCAAGCGCUUCAAGGAAAACGCCAUCUGCUUCGACUCGCACAUUUCCGGCUUCGUGUACAAGGUGGCCGUCAACAACAAGCCGCUCAUCAAGAAAGAGAUUCCCGGACCUGACGCCGUCGAGGAGUUUCUGUACGAGAUCAAUGCUCUGUGUAGCUUGCAAGACUCCAAGUCUGUCAUCAAAUUCGAAGGCAUCAUUGUGGACGAAACGAACGAUCUGAUCAAGGGAUUGCUGAUCAGCUAUGCCGAUCAGGGUGCACUAGUCGACAUGAUCUACGACUUCAAACCAACCGAUCAACUACCCUGGGAACGUCGUGAAAAGUGGGCGCGCCAGAUUGUGGAAGGGCUUUCAGAAAUACACGAAGCAGGUUACGUACAGGGUGACUUCACGUUAUCAAACAUUGUCAUUGACAAACACGACGAUGCCAAAAUCAUCGACAUCAACCGCCGCGGAUGUCCAGUGGGCUGGGAGCCGCCCGAGCUGGCCAAGCUCAUCGAGAGCGGCCAAAGGAUAUCGAUAUACAUAGGAGUCAAGUCUGAUCUUUACCAGCUCGGCAUGGUGCUGUGGGCGAUCGCGGAACAACAAGAUGAGCCGGAACGACAGGACCGACCACUGACAAAGACUAUGGACCAUCCCCGGUCCGACAUUCCCGACUACUUCAGAGAUGUUGUGCGAGCAUUAACCUCAAGAGAAAGCGUUUCCACGCAUAGGAGCGACAAGGAGUACAUUGACCCUGCCACAGCUGUCGAUCUCAACGACAUAACGCAAUAUCGCCGUCACUCGAGGCAGCAGUCGUCGUUCGAGGACGUAAAGGUACCGCCUACCGAAUACCCUGCCUCUUCAGGCUCCUACAUCAUGGCCAAUCACGACAACAACCGUGGCCGCUCACCAGGUGACGCACAAAGCUACAGGAGAAGUGACUGUUCACCAUACCCUGGUCACCGGUCGGUCAUGUCUCUUGAAGACUCAGAGCUGGAAAACGAACUUGCCAGCCUUCCAGCCAGUAGGGAGGCGCGAUGGGAACAAAUCUAUGUUGACGGAGACACUAAGCUUGUCCAAAGAGGCUGUGGCGAUAUCAGCGUGCAUGACUUUGCCACCCAAGAACCAAAGGAGAUAUGCAUUACCACACCCCCUGCCGAGAUGGAGAAUUCAUUCGCGACGAACAAGCCGGUUGAGGAUGCGCCUCUAAAUUUCUCUGCGCUCAUGCCAAUUGAGCCGCAGGCACCACAGACCAGUCUGCUGCAGCCUGAAAUUGGGCAGCAGACCAGCGUAGACGGCAGAGCAUCCUUCAGUGAUCGAGUGCAUCAACUGGCUCAGGCGCAACCACAACAUAACUCGCCGCAAGCCUCUCCAAUACGAAGUCGAUUUCCUGCUAUUUCAGAUCCCCUGGAGCUUGCGGAUCUCGAGCUCGAAGUGGACCUGAGCUCUUCCGUGACGACUUCAGUAGGACCUUCCCGUGUCAACACCGGCUUCUCCAUCUUCGACCUCCCCGAGCGCGCGAGGCGAACCGACACCGGCUUCUCAGUCGCAACCGGCUACCGCAUGCCUGUCCACCAAGACUCAGGCUUCGCGGAGCCAGAACGGAUGCUCUACGAGAGUGAACCAAUACGCCGCAGCCUGGACGGAAGUAUCCGCGACUUCCAACUCAACGAGGAAGACGACAUCGUCAGCGACCGCCUCUGGGACUCAAAGGACGGAGUGAUGUUUGGCCAGGGCAUCCGCGCCUCCCAACUCGAAGUCAAACCCCUCACAUUCCCCGACUACUCCCUCGCCACACCCUCCUCCAAACCAGGCAGCAACAUCCACCCCGCAUCCGACAAACCCCUCGACGAAAAAUCAUCAAACGCCACCAUCCGCCCGCCGAGUAUCCGCAUACCAGACCUGUACCACAAAUCCAUCGACAGCAACAAGUCGCGAGGGCUCACCGGUCAGGGGCGGGAGCGAUUUGGAUGA